GGAACUCUAAAAGAUAUGUUCAUUGAAAUAAACGGACCAAAUUUUUUUUUGUUAGACAGGGACUCUCUAAAUAAUUUUUUUUUCUUCCUUUUUUUUCUUUCAGAUAAAGACGAGUGUCAAACUCGUGAUUUGAACAGCUGCGUCCAACGAUGUGAUAAUACCGACGGAGGCUAUGUCUGCUCAUGUGUGGAUGGUUAUGAACUCGAUGCUGAUGGCUUCACUUGCAACGAUAUCGACGAGUGUUUGCUGUUCACCUAUAAGUGCGAAGAUGAAUCCAUGCAAUGCGAAAACAAACCUGGCUCUUACAAGUGUGUUUGUGGGGAAGGACUGUAUUGGAUUGACAACAAAUGCCAAGGACUUGAAAAAGGAGCUGAACCUCCUCCACCUCCCCCUGCCGAAGAACCGCGAACACCAUCCGACGAGGAGAGAAGCCAGUCUGUCGAGUUGGAGAUACAGGGGUUAAAUGUGUCUCAGUGGAACCAACCUCUACAAGAAGCAUUCAAGGCUGCAGUUGCAACGGCAGCAACCAAGCACUGUUCAGAAACGGACGACUGCAGAUCGACAUCUACCAGCGCUCGCCGUAAGAGAGCAGCUUCCUACAUCAUCUUCACAGAAGACCAAGUUCACAUUCUUCCAGGCUACCCAAAACAGAUUUCUACGAACCCUCUACUGGCAAGCUUAGCAUUCUACUUGCAAUUUCUACCCGGAACUUCCAAUGUUGACGCCAUCUCGAAAGACAACCUCGUUUCAAUUGUUAAAGGGGCUAUUGCAGACAUUUCAAACUCCAUUGAUGGUGACAUUUCGAGCGUGCGAACCUUCGUCGCUGAAACAUCAACAGCGGUAACAUCAACAGUAGCUCCGUCUAAGCCCACUGAAAAAGACUCUAACAAGAUGCCUUACAUCAUUGCGGGUUCCGUAGCCGGCGGGCUGUUGGUCAUUAUCAUUACUGUUAUAAUCAUAUGGAAAUGCAGUAACCCAAAAAACAGAAUUCCCAAGCGCGUUACCCCUUCCCCGAGAGAAAAAUCGAAGCUGGAAAUGGAAGUCGUUGCUGGUUCUAUCAAUGAUGGAUACAACAAGGAUCAGCCAAUUUGAAUGAUUGAUAACCAUCCGAAGAAGCAAUGCGUGUUUGUUAAAAGUAGAAAAUAAUGAUAAAAGGUCGAACUUAAUUAAGGUAGAUAUUCCGUCAGCAUUGCGCGGCGUAAUUUUAUAUAAUAGCGUAAUUUUUGUAAUUUUAUAAAUUAUACCGAUAGCGGUGUGACCGACCAUGUCCAUUCUAAUAGUCGCAUUUCGAACGCGGAUGUCUGUAAAUUUAGAUUUCAUUAUAUACCCGUUGUCUCUCUCGCUCUGCAAGAUUGUCAAAUCAGGAGCCAUGAACUCUACUGGGAGGAGAUAAUACUACAAGAUUUUGCUAGGGAGAUAAGUAAUUGCUUCAUUUAAAUAUAUCCUCCCCUGUAUUGGCAUUAUCGGACAAUCUAGGCCAUAAUUUUAGUGUGUGUUAGUAAUAUCCUCCCCUACGUCCACUAUAACCAAUGACGCCCCAUCUGAUAACGACAUCAGCUCGUUAGACAAGACAAAUAAGACAAAUCAAACAGACAAAUCAUAAAAACGAUUAACGCCUUUAGUUUUAUUUACUUGCUGUUUGUUAAGAAUUUGGACAUGUGUUAUCUAGCUGUCAGUAAAACUUAACGCUUAUUAAUCAGUGUGUCAAUGAUUAUGAUAUGACGAUUUUUUACGUUUGUGUAGUAUAACGAUUAGCCAACCAGUUUUUCUCUCCGAAGAACACUCACGAACAAAAACAGUUGAAACUUUGCAUUGCUUUUAGUUUAGCAGUUCACUGAGUCCCGGUCAGAGGUGAAGAUAAUUAACAAACUUUGUCGUUUAGAAGUUAGUCAUAACAACAGCUUUGGAAUAACAUCACUUUCCCAUUUAUUGUUGCAAAUGGCUAAUAAAAGUCUCCCAAAUAAAGUUAACCUUUUUGUUUGUCGUGAUUCAGGGUACAGAGAAUGCC